GUUGGCUCGCGUUUGGGAAAAAGCAGUGGAAAAGUUGCCUAUAGUCCUUAAAAAUGAUACUGAGAAUAUUUAUGGUGUUUUGUCUGUUUUUCACCUAACCGGUCUUGCGGCACUGUAAACGGAAUUUAAACUUCAUUUUUUCCAGAAGGAUCCAGAAAGAUGGUUUGUAAGAGUUGGUGAAGGAUCUUUCCCUGAUCACAGAAGAGUGUGUUCAGCAUGGACAUGGAGGAUUUCCCCCCUCCUCCACCUGACCUGUUGGAUGACGAAGAUGAAGGUGAGGAGUUUGAGUUUGAUGACAGUGGUGAUGAAGCCCCCGAGGCAGAUCGGCCACCCCCUGAACCUGAGGGAAUCUUAAUGCAUCCACCCUGCUCAUUAACAGCCGGGGACGCACCUGUAAAUGGAACAAGUCCAAACCCAGAGAACUUACUCACUGCAGAGGCUGAUCUGCCCCCUCCACCUCAGGACUGCCCCACUAAUAACAGCUCUUUGGCUCAUGCACCCUUCCCACAGUGUGAUCUACCCCCUCCUCCCAUAGAGCUGUGUCAGAAUGCAGCAGAACGCCAGGCCAGAGACCCUCCUCCACCAUCAGAGGGCGCUAUAGGAGCUGCUGUUGACAGCGAGCAGGACGUGAACAGAGGUGCCGGUGUGGUUACCACCUCUGCGUCCAACUCCAAGCUCAAAGUCAGCCCCUACUCUGUGAUUGACAUCGCCCCUCUCCAGCAGCAUCUGCUGUCAGAGCAGAGCGGCCCUCCCUACUCUCCCCCAGCCAUUGAGAGUGAAAGAGACAUUCAGGAUGUACCCAGUAGCCCUGGGUUGCUCUCUGGGUAUUCAGUGCCAGUGCCCUGUGGUUAUGCAACGCCCUCAAAUGUGCCGGUGAUCCCACCAACCUACACCACCCCAGUUAUCAUCCGACACUUCUCUAUGGAUGAAGAUGUGACUGUGGUGGGAGCAGGAAAUACUCCAGUGGACAGUGUUUUCAGUGAAGAGUGUCCAGUCAUCAGAGAGGAAGAUGCUCUUACCAAGUGGGUGUCAGACCCAGCAAACACGGCCUGGAUGGAGAGUCCAGAUGAAGUGAUUUAUGAUGAUGUACCAAGAGAGAACUCUGGAUCAACUACAGACCCAGAUGAGAUGAUCUAUGAUGAUGUUGAGUUCGGGGAAGAGGGCGGCAGCAGCUCUCUGGACAACGGCUGGAGCUCCAGUGAGUUUGAGAGCUAUGAGGAAGCCAGUGACACAGAGAAUGGACAUGGAGAGAAUGGCCUCCCAGAUGCCUUUGUCAGGGGCCGUGCACCCAGCAAGAAAACGCAUCUGUCUGAAGAUCUGGCGCGUUUGAAAGAGCAUUAUGAGAGAAAGAUGCGAGAUCUCAUGGCAAACACAGUGGGGACAGUAGAGCUGCAGCAGCUCAAACACAAACAUGAGCAAAAGAUGCAGCGACUCGUAAAAGCAGCCAAAGAUGGGACUAAAGAUGGUCUGCAGAAAACCAAAGCCGCGGUGAGAAAGGGACGAUCUUUCAUCCGCACCAGAUCUCUCUGUCAUGAGAAGAAACCCAGCUGCUUUGAUGAAGAGUCAGAUCUGUUCAUCGAGGUGGAGUGUUUUAAUGUGGACCCGGUGCUGGGACCUGCACCUGAUGGGCUCUCUCAACACCAGGUGAUGAGGAGAUGCAUUCUGGAGAUGAUUCUAGAGAGUGAGAAGAAUUAUCUGGAAGCUCUGAAGAGAAUUUUAGAGCAAUAUGAGAAGCCGCUUGCUGAGAUUGAGCCUCGGUUACUGAGUGACCGCAAGCGCAAGGUGAUGUUUUAUCGGAUUCGGGAGAUCCUGCAGUGCCACGCCCUGUUCCAGAUGGCACUGGCCAGCCGUGUGUCCGACUGGGAUGAGCUGGAAAUGAUCGGAGAUGUGUUUGUAGCAUCGUUUUCUAAGUCCAUGGUGUUGGACGCUUACAGUGAAUAUGUGAAUAACUUCAGCUUGGCGAUGGGAGUGGUGCGGAAGGCGUGUGCCGCUAAGCCCUGUUUCCUUGACUUCCUCAAGCAUCGUCAGGAGACCAGUAAAGACCGUCUGACCCUCUAUGGACUGAUGAUGAAGCCUAUUCAGCGGUUCCCUCAGUUUAUACUGCUGCUGCAAGACAUGCUAAAGAACACGCCGGUGGGUCAUCCCGACCGUCUUCCUCUUCAGAUGGCUCUCACUGAACUGGAAACGCUUGCCGAAAAAUUAAAUGAGAGGAAAAGAGAGGCAGAUCAGCGCUGUGAGAUCAGACACAUCGCUAAGGCUAUGAAUGAACAUUACCUCAACAAGCUGCUGAGCAGCGGCAGCCGUUAUCUGAUUCGUUCUGAUGAUGUUGUGGAAACUGUUUAUAAUGAUCGCGGGGAGAUCAUUAAGACAAAAGAACGACGAGUCUUUCUUCUGAAUGAUGUGCUCAUGUGUGCCACCCCCAACUGGCGCCCCUCUCAGGAUGGAGUGAAUGUGGGAGCUGGAGGUGAAGGUGUCCCCUCAGGACAGCGCUUCCUGCUCAAGUGGAGCGUUCCUUUGAGUUUGGUUGAGGUUGUAGAGUUUGGCUCCAGCGAAGAGAUGGGCGACUCCCGAUUUCCCCCCUCGCACUCAGGAGAUAAAUUCGUCAUUAAUGCUAAACCUAGUAAGUUUUAUAUGGGUCCAGGGCAGCUUUACCAGGACCUACAGAACCUGAUCCAUGACCUGGGUUUGGUGAACCAGAUCUCUACUAUGAUCAGCAGUCUGAAGGGGAAUUAUCAGAAUGUUAAUGGGAUAGUUGCUCAGGAUUGGGUUUCAGGUCUCCAGCGCCUGAUUUUAAAGAAAGAGGAGGAGAUUCGGGCAGCUGAUCGCUGUAGGAUACAACUACAGUUACCAGGGAAACAAGACAAGUAUGGUAGACCCACGUUCUUCACUGCAGUCUUCAACACUUUCAGUCCAUCUAUCAAGCAAGCUUGGAUCAGUAAUAUGCAGAUGGCUAAAUUGGCUCUACAGGAAGACAACAUCCAAGGCUGGUUUUGUGCUGAAGAUGAUGGUAAUCAGAUGAGGAAGCAAAACCAUCCUCUCUUACUCAAGCAGAUGGCUGUGGUCAUGUCAAAACUGCAGGAGUUCAAGGUGGAGUGUGCAGUUCACAACCCUGAGCCUCAUGUGAACACUGACAGCACUGCAGAUCUGCCUGUUAUGGGUCACGGAUGUGUAUGGGUGGCCAGCUGCACCAAUCACAUGGGUCAGGUCUCCAUUGUGGCAUUGCAGAACUCAAAUCCCAAAGUAACCGAGUGUUUUAAUGUGGAGUCGCGUAUUCUCUGCAUGACGUAUGUGCCUCUGGAUGAGCCCUUGGAAAAUGGUGAGAUGAAGCCUGAGGACCGGAAAGCCAGUGGCACACCGACUGUGUGUCUGGGAAUGGAGGAAGGCAGUAUAUCUGUGUAUAAGAGCAGCCAACGGUCUAAGAAGGUUCGCCUGCAGCACUUCUUCUCCCCUGAUAAGUCCAGUGUCACAUGUCUGGUGUACAAGAGUGGGUGUCUGUAUGCAGGCUUGGUCAGCGGUUCUCUGGUCGUCUACUCCAGGGCUGAUGACGGUUCCUGGGUCGAGUCAGGGGCACGUGUGCUGAAGCUGGGGGUGUUGCCAGUUAAAGCCCUGCUGGUGGUGGGUGAACACGUCUGGGCCUCAUCAGGAGGGCAGAUCUUCAUCAUCAGCACACAGACACACACUGUGGAGCGUCAGUUUGAAGCCCAUCAGGAAGAGGGAAUGGUCGUGUCCCACAUGGUGGUGGCCGGGGUCGGGAUCUGGAUAUCCUUCAGCACCGGCUCCACCCUCCGACUCUUCCACACAGAGACUCUCGACCACCUGCAAGACAUCAAUAUCGCCACAGCUGUCAACAACUUACUCCCAGGACAGCAGAGAGUCUCUGUGAGCAGUCUGUUAGUGUGUCACGGACUGCUGUUGGUGGGGACCAAUCUUGGGGUCACUGUGGCCCUGUCCGUGCCCAGACUGCAGGGCAUCCCAAAAGUCACAGGUCGAGGAAUGGUCUCUUUUCAUGCUCACCAUGGCCCAGUCAAGUUCCUCACGAUGGCAACAGCAGUGUGUAAUGUCUCCCAAGCAACCAUGGCAACUCUCACCUCCAACACACCCAGCCAGUGCCAGCCUGGGGCCCCCGAGGUGGAGGGAACCCAACUGGACGAGAGCUGCUCUGGGGUGGGGUGCAGCAGUACCAGCUCUCCCUCACAUGCUCCAGUUCUCCAGGACUCCCUGUCCUCCUCAUGUGGGUCUCUGGCUCUGUCUCAGGGCUCUUUAGAGCACGGCUCAGAGGACGGGGCGAUAUACGACCUGCUGAACGAGCCGGCGCACUUCCAGAAGGCCAAGCAGACUGAGAAAGUAAAUGUGAGCUCAUUGUUGGUGGUGUCUGGAGGACUGGGACACCGCAGAAUCAACAGAAAAACAAAACAGUCUAAGCACGAGGAGAUGGUGUCCACUAUUAUGGUGUGGCAAAUACCACUGCCCAUCCUGUGAGAGAAAAAGAUGGAGGUAUUCAGAGAACGGUGAGGAUCAGGUUUUAGUUUGGAUGCAGCUGCACAAACACCAGUAUCCAUCGCUCUUUUGUUUCUUUCUCAUCUAAUGAUGCUUUUACUGUAUGUCUUCAUUAUAGGCCAUUGCAUGUCAGAGAGAGCAGUUACUUAGACUGACCUUGCAUUCAGUCAUGGGCUGACGGGGGGAAAAUGAUUAUUGAAUGAAGGGGGAAAAAAAAGAAUGUGUUCCAGGAAUGAGCUGAACUACCAAGUACUCGGUCAUGCAUCAGAGAAAUGUGUUUUACCACUUUCACCCGAAUUAAAAAGUGCAUUUGUGAAAAUGUCAGUACCACUGCAGUGUGAUAAUAUUCAGGUCUAAUUGUGGUAAUAUAACAUUUUUAACUGCUACAUAAUUACAUUUCACAAAAAAAAAAAAAAGUAACAGAACAUCUAGCAAACAGCAGAAAUUUUUCGAUCAUUUGUCACAUUUUAAACAUGCUUUCAGUACCUGCAUCUGUUCAGCUCGUCAUUUAAUUUCAGUUGUUUUUCUUUAAAGAACAUUUCAUGAAAGGAAAUCUCAAAAUGUUUGCUUCAAGGAAUGGUUGUUCUUUUUAAAAAGAAGUCCUAAAACAUUGGUUGAAUCCGGGCCCAUCUGAGGUUUAUGACCUUUAGAUUGGCCUCUGUGAUCAGCUACAACCUGUUACUGAAUGACUUGUAUGGGAUUCUCUGGCGGGCCAGAGAUUCUGUUUGGGUCCUAAAGUGAAGUUGGUGUCCUAUGUUACAAGUUCAAGAAAAAUAGCAUUCCUCCAUAAUUCUAAUUUAAAGUUAAUGCUUAUCAAUAUUUAAAGGUAUGGAAAAAGCUUUAUAAUGACACAUUGUGAUAUGUAUUUCUGACUUGUAUAUUAACAAAUAUAUACCAUUGUUUUAACCAGCGUUCUUUGUAUAUCUGUGCAAGUGUGAUAGAUAACCAUGUGUGAAUUUGUUUGUUUUGUUUUCAACUUGCCCUUUUUAUUUUCAGUCCCUUUUUAGUUUCUUUUUCCUUUUGAUGGACUAUAACUGCCAGCUCAUACAUAAGG